CGAUAGACUAUCAACUGGAAGAGACAAAAUCCAAGUCCUAUUGAAAGACUUUUUAGAUUGCUAUAGUCAAUUUUUUAUUCUUCGUACUCACGAUUCAAAGCUUUGCUGUAUCAUUGUGAAACUGGGAGUGGCUCGAAGGACGAAAAAACGAGUGAAGUUCUGAGAUACAGCUUCACUUAAAAAACCAUCAGACCAGCUUCGAUUAUUAGUAUUGGAGAACUCAUCGAAAUGGCAGAAGCAGACGAGACACAUAUAAAGAGACCUAUGAAUGCCUUUAUGGUUUGGUCCAGGACAGAAAGACGUAAGCUUGCCCUCAAGUAUCCAAACAUGCUGAACUGUGAGAUAAGCAAGCUUCUUGGAGCCGAGUGGAGCAGGUUGAGUGAAGAGGAAAAGCGUCCCUUCGUCAUGGAAGCGAAGCACCUGCGCUCUGUCCAUAACCAGAAGUAUCCCGAUUACUCGUACAAACCUCGCCGACGCAAGAACAAAUCUUCAAGGACAAAAGAACCGUAUUCUACCUUUGGAUACGGUGCUGCUGCAGAUUCAUUAUCCCCGGGAUAUUCCAUCCCAAUGCACCACUAUUUAAGCCCUCAUGUACCACCACCGUACUCAGAGAGCUUCAUGAUGCCUCUACAUGGUUCACCUUCUGUUUCCACAUCUUCCAUUACCAAAAGACCUAACUAUGGCAUUCCAGGUAGCUUUUCAAUUCCACCACAAGGUCGACCUGAAUAUCACAUGUCCUUGGCUCUCUUGCCUCAGAGUCCAAGCUACCAGCAGAGUACCGUUGUGGAGCGAAACGAAAAAGUUCCAGCCAUGUAUCAACUGUCAAACCCGUACUGCAAAUCGCAUUAUGGACAGUGCACACAGUAUCCUGCGAAUAACGCUCGAUGAGCUGAAUCAUUUCUAUUAGCCACGUAUAGCAUAUAGUCACCAAGCAAGAUGAAAAGGAACUCCACAGCUUGAUGGAAAUUGCAUGAGAAAAUUAGAACGAAAACAAAAAGAACUACUAGUCUGUGAUCUGUUUCGCUUUCCACGCAAAGCUAUACAGACUUCUAUAAACAAUAUAUACUUUUUUUUGUUUGUAAGAUAAGAAUUGAACCUUUAAGUACAGGUAGUCAUAGGAUAGAAUAGAUUUGAAUUGUAUAAUGUUCGCUCCUUUAAACCCGUUGUUUCAUUGUGUCUAAGGAAAUAGUAUUUAAGGCAGCACUUCAUAUAUUAACAUAUAAGUUAGCACUUGUAAAGAUAUUAUAAAAAGAUUUUGUAAUUGUUUCAGUGAACGAAAAAGCCAAGUGAUUUUUGUACAAUAGUACUAGUCGAAACGAUUCGCACACGGGCUACAAACGCUCGAAAAAAACUGGGAUUGAUAUAGUUGCACAAUCAUUGAAAGUUUUUAUGAUUCUUUUUCGAUCAAGCAUGUAAAACAAGUCUUUAUUCAAACCCUGAAUUUGUGUCAGGGCAAACAAUACAGCCACAUGAAAAUAAAAUGAAUUUGGUAAAAAAAAUUCCAAAGUGUAUUCG